AUGAAAUACCGUUGCAUUGCUGACUAUGUUAUUGUGACCGUUGUCAUUGUGGCGGCGAGCGGUCUUAUUGUGUUCGCCAUUGCGUCGCAGAAUGCCAGCCGGCGAUUGGGGCGAGAGUUGGCGGCGCAUGAAGCCAAUUUUACGCAAAUCACAGAACAGUUGAUGCUAAUUGCCACAACAACAACAACAAUAAUGAGUUCAAAACCAACAGAAAGCGACAUAACAGUGCCAAUGACCGAGCAACGAGGACGUAACGAUAUAACAGAUGCAACAACAACAACAGUUCAGCCAGUGUCGACAGAGCGCGGCGUCGCAUCGGCGUAUGAGCAACCUAGAAUUAGUACGGCGGGUGCUAUGAAUGCCGCAACAACAAUAGUAACAAGAGCAGCGAUGCGCACUAGAAAAAUACCGGCAUAUAUAACAACAACAAUAAAUGCUGCUGUCGAUCGAGCACAAUCGUCGCGACGAAUCACAAGGCUUAAAGCGAAACUGAUGCCAGCAGCCAUUGUGGCAGCACGCGCGGCAACCAACACUUUGGAGGAGUCAACCGCAUGGAAGACAUUAACAUCGCAUCCCAACUCGCUGGUGCAACUGUUGCCGUCACGUGCGAUGCGCGUCGUUCAAGAGGUGGUGCGCUCGCUACGCAAGGAUACAAAUGUUGUAAUCGAAACUUCAUUGGGCAAAAUUCGAGGACGCUUUCAGAAAUAUAGGUCCGGUGAACGCGGUGGUUACUACAGCUUCAAGGGUAUACGCUAUGGCGAGGCACCCAUAGGGACCAGGAGGUUCCGUGCGGCAGCGCCUGAAAAGCCUUGGUUAGGUGUGCGCGAUGCGUCGCGUGAGGGCAACAGCUGUCCGCACAAGAAUAUGAUACUGGACACAUUCAAAGGCAACGAGGAUUGUCUAUUUCUCAAUGUUUUCACCACACAACUACCCAGAGAGGAUGAUGAACUACAGCGGCCCGUUAUGGUGUGGCUACAUGGUGGCGGCUACUCUUUUGGCUCGGGCAACACUUUCCUAUAUGGCCCCGACUAUUUGGUUGCGGAGGAUAUUGUCUUAGUCACUCUCAAUUAUCGCUUAGGUCCACUAGGCUUUUUAACCGCAGGCCCCGAUGCGCCGGGCAAUCAAGGUUUGAAGGAUCAAGUGCUUGCCUUGAAAUGGGUACGCGAUAACAUCGCCGCUUUCGGCGGUGAUCCAAAACAAGUCACAAUUUUCGGUGAAUCCGCUGGCGCCUCGUCCGUACAAAUGUUGCUCCUCUCACCACUCGCCAAAGAUCUGUUCCAACGUGCGAUCUCGCAAAGCGGUUCAGCGCUGAACCCCUGGUCGAUGGCCGACAGCUCGUCGGAACGCGCUUUCCGCCUGGCCGCCAAUCUAGGUUACGUGGGUGCCAAUGAUACGGAUGAAAUUUUGGAAUUUCUGCGACGCGUGCCCGCCAUGAAACUGGUGGAGGCUGCGCCCACAACACUUACAGUUGAGGACUCACGCAACAAUAUCGGCUUGCCGUUCGUGCCAGUGGUCGAGGGUUAUUGGAAUGCGAAAGAUGGUAGAGAAAUAUACUAUGAAGAACCCUUCAUGACACAACAUCCCAGUGAUAUGUACCAACAACACAAAUUCCAUAGCAAUGUGCCGUACAUGACGGGUUACAAUACACACGAAGCCAUGCUUUUCAUACGAAGACUGCGUAAAAAUCCAAAACUACUGGAGAUUAUCGAGAAUGAUUUCGCGCGCAUGGUGCCACGCGAUCUGAAUGUUACAGACGAUCGUGAGCGCGUCACACGCGACAUACGUCAGUUCUAUUUGGGCAACAAGCAAGUGGGCAUUGAGUCCGUGGACGAAAUGAUUGCUCUCCUCACGGAUCUGAUGUUCCUGCAGGGCAUACGCAAGACUGCGCGCAAUCACGCCAAAUACGGCAGCGCACCUGUUUAUAUGUACCGUUUCUCGUACGACGGCGCGCUGGGACUCUAUAAGCGCAUGCUGGGUCUGACGCGUCCGGGCGUGUGUCAUGGCGACGAAAUGGGUUACUUAUUCAAAUUCGGAUUCUUCAACUUGAGCCUAGAUCCGCGCUCAACCGAGGUGCUCGUGAAGAAUCGCAUGGUGCGCAUGUGGACCAAUUUCGCCAAAUAUGGCAAUCCAACGCCGCAAAAUGUGGAGGACACAAUGCUGACCACCAGCUGGGCGCCCAUAAAUCCGCAGACUGUGAUGGAAGACAUUAAUUAUUUAGAUAUUUCCGUUAAUCUGAACAUGCGCAGUAAUCCGGAGUCCGAGCGACAACAAUUUUGGGAUUAUAUGUAUGAGCAUUUUAACGGUGCUGCCAUGUAGUCACACAAAAUUCACAUUAAUAUUUAUAAAUAACGGUGCACCGCUAUACACAUACAUGCAUUUCUUACAAAAACAAAAAACAUUUCGUUCAUAAUGCCAUAAACCAUAACAUAAUUACGUCACAAAAACAGCAUACCCGUACAUACAUACAAAAGUAAUAGAAGUCCGCUACAGUUGAAGUUUUAAGGGGCGCCUUAGUGUGACAGCCUGAAAACAGCUGUUUUUUGAAAUUUGAGAGAAAUUAUAAGAAAACACAGUAAACAUUUUUUUUUAAAUAUUUUUAAAAAGUUGGACUUACGCAUGAUAACGGUGCUAAAUACAGGUGCAGUCUUUCCGACCUUCUUCGUGAAUGAAACUUUAAAAAACAAAAAAACAACAGUUUGUUUGGCCGCUGUGUGCUGUAGCUAUACGAUCUGAACAAUUUCUUCUGAGAUUAAACCGUUGUCUUGGAAAAUAUCGUGUUAAAUGAAAAAGUUUUCUAUACAAGCGCUGGAUUAUGCUCAUUGAGGUUGCAUGCUAUUAUCGUUCAAUAUCGACGGUUCUAACAAAUGAAGACUUUAAUGGGUGUAAAUGAACGUGUGCAAAGUUGCAUACCGAAAAGUGAGGACUAUUUCGCGUAUAUACAGACAGACGGGCAUGGUUGAAUCGACUUAGCUCACCAUACUGAUCACUUACAUAAUUUUUAAGAGUUUUCGCGGUUUUCUUCUUGGUAACGAUUCAUUACUGUGCAAUUUAAAAAAAAUUUAAAUUGACCCAAAAUAUGGUGAGAUCAAAAAACUAGUUAGAUUAUUGUAUAUAGUAUAGAGAAAACAUACAGAAAUAUUUAUAGUGAUCUUUUUGAUCACUUUGUCUACUAAUUUCAAAUAUAUCUUUUUGAGGUUUGGAAGCAUUUUACUCAAAAAGUGCUGCAAAUAUCAUUUUCAAGUUUUGGUAUAUCAAAUGUUUAAAGGGAUAACCGAACGAAAUAUGAAGAAAAUUAAUUUUUUAAUUCACACUCGGUGUGCCCCUUAAGUUAAAUGUCCGUGAUAGUUCUACCAUAAAUACGCAACACAUCACUGUCGUCACCAAUUUCAGCGAUCUAACUAUAAUAGCUCAUUCAUUUGCGAUUCAUUGCAUCGUAAAAAAUUUAAUUUAAUUUAGUUUUAGUUUAAAAAUAACAUUAAUAUUUUUAGUUUAGCAUAUAAGUAAUAUUACACAACAUUCCAACAUUUCAUAUGAUGAGUGCAUUUACAAUAUUUAUGUCUAUGUUUAUACGAACAAACGCAUACAUAUAUAUGUAUACAUGAGUUACUGUACUUUUACAACUCCUUCAUUUGUAUAUAGUCAGAUUUCUGCAGCUGCUGCAGUGCUUUAAGUUAUCACUUUAAACUUUAAGUUUUCACAGGUCCCAAUUUUGUUAAAAAAAAAAUUACAUACAC